CCCUCCCUCAGCCACCAGAUUGAACUGGUUCUCUUACAGUAGUGAACCUGUGGCCCUGACCCGAGAUAAGUCACUGUGAGACCCCGCAGCCUCUUUCUAUGACUCCAUCUGGAUUUGGCUGACUGUGGGGACAAGCUUCAAGGGACUGCUUGGGUCUCCGUGGGGUAGCAGUCAGCUUUCUGGCUACCAUGGCAAUUGCUGGGAACUGAAGGCACGGGCUCCAGCCUCAGCACAAGCACUCAGGACACGAUGGACAACAAAGCCAUGUACAUGCACACCGUGAAUGACCGCGACACCAGCUCUGUCUUCGAGGAACCCUUUGAUGGCAGGAGCCUGUCCAAGCUGAACCUGUGUGAAGAUGGUCCAUGUCACAAACGGCGUAUGGGUGGCUGCUGUACCCAGCUGGGCUCUCUGUCAGCACUGAAGCAUGCCGUCCUGGGACUCUAUCUUCUGGUCUUCCUGAUUCUUGUGGGUAUCUUCAUCUUAGCAGUGUCCAGGCCCCGAAGUUCCCCAGAUGACUUGAAGGCUCUGACUCGGAGUGUGAACCAGCUGAAUGAGAGCUUCCGGGACAUGCAGCUGCGGCUGCUGCAGCCUCCACAGCAGGCGGACCUGACAGAACAGGUGUGGAAGGUUCAGGAUGCGCUGCAGAACCAGACAGACUCACUGCUGGCCCUGGCAGGCUUGGUGCAGCGGCUGGAGGGUACGCUGUGGGGGCUGCACGCGCAGGCGGCACAGACAGAGCAGGCGGUGGCCCUGCUGCGUGACCGCACUGGACAGCAAAGUGACUCCGCACAGCUGGAACUCUACCAGCUGCAGGUGGAGAGCAAUCACAGCCAGCUCCUGCUGCAGCAGCAUAAGGGCCUGCUGGAUGGGCUGGCGCACAGGGUGGGCGUCCUGAGUGAGGAGCUGGCUGAUGUGGGCGGCGCACUGCGUGGCCUCAACCACAGCCUGUCCUAUGACGUGGCCCUGCACAGCACUCGGCUGCAGGACCUGCAGGUGCUGGUGAGCAAUGCCAGUGCGGACACACGCCGCAUGAGGCUGGUGCACAUGGACAUGGAGAUGCAACUUAAGCAGGAGUUGGCCAUGCUCAACGUGGUGACUGAGGACCUGCGUCUCAAGGACUGGGAACACUCCAUUGCCCUGAGGAACAUCACCCUUGCCAAAGGGCCACCAGGACCCAAAGGUGACCAGGGCAAUGAAGGGAAGGAGGGAAAGCCAGGUACUCCUGGAUUCCCUGGACUUCGAGGUCUGCCCGGAGAGAGAGGUACCCCAGGACUGCCUGGUCCCAAGGGUGAUGAUGGGAAAUUAGGGGCCACAGGCCCCAUGGGCAUGCGUGGAUUCAAAGGUGAGCGAGGCCCGAAAGGAGAGAAAGGAGAGAGAGGAGAGAUAUACGAUGGUAUGGAUUUCACAAUGAUUCGCCUGGUGAACGGCUCUGGGCCACACGAGGGCCGAGUGGAGGUGUUCCAUGACCGUCGCUGGGGCACAGUGUGUGACGAUGGCUGGGACAGGAAGGAUGGGAACGUCGUGUGCCGCAUGCUGGGCUUCCAUGGUGUGGAGGAGAUCUACCGGACAGCUCGUUUUGGGCAAGGCACAGGGAAGAUCUGGAUGGAUGACGUGAACUGCAAGGGGACCGAGAGUUCCAUCUUCCACUGCCAGUUCGCCAAAUGGGGCGUGACAAACUGUGGGCAUGCUGAGGACGCUGGAGUGACUUGUACUACAUUCUGAAAGUGGGCACAGCCCAAAGCCA